GCCGACGAGAAACAGUUAAAACUAAUCUAGAGAGAGAGAGACGAUGACAACGGAGUGAGUAUAUUUUCGUUUCUGGGUAGUGCGAAGAAGAAAGAUUUACAGGCAAAAUCAUCAUCAUCAUCAUCCGAUUAUGCCGAAUCGAGUAUAUUCGAAUCGACUGUAAAGGUGAUAUCUUUACUUGGAUUCUUUCACUGAUCUCUUCCUAAUCUAAUUUGACUUUUUACGUUAUUCCAUUCUUCCCCAUAUUAUCACCAUACAUACAUACAAUCAGAGAGGCCGAUUUCAUCAAAAACAGGGAGAAGAAGAAGAAGAACAAGAAGAAGAAGGUUAUGAUGUCUCCUCCAUCCUCGUCGUCGUCGUCGAUCCAGACUGAAGAAUUACGAGGAGGUGGAUCCUUAUCCCUAAGCUUAACCCUAAUUCCCGGCCUUCCCAACGAUCUCUCCGCUCUGAUUCUCGCCUUCGUCCCUUUCUCCCACCAUAACCGUCUCAAGUCCAUCUCUAAAUCAUGGAAGACUUUCUUCUCCUCCAAGACCCUUUUUUCUUUCCGCAAAAAGCACCUUCCUCCAUCGCACCUUUCCAACCUUCUCUGCAUCUUCCCUCAGGAUCCUUCUAUCACGUCUCCUUAUCUUUUCGAUUCCCAAUCCCUAGCUUGGUGUCCUCUCCCUCCCAUGCCUUGCAAUCCUAAUGUCUACGGUCUCUGCAAUUUCACUGCAAUCUCCGUCGGGACCUCUCUCUACGUUCUCGGCGGUUCUGUCUUCGACACCAGAUCAUUUCCUCUUGAUCGUCCUUGUUCUUCCUCGGCCGCAUUUCGAUUCGAUUUCACUACAUCUUCCUGGAGUCAUCUCUCUCCUAUGAUCACUCCUCGUGGUAGUUUUGCAUGUGCUGCAAUUCCCGAUUCAGAUAAGAUUCUUGUAGCUGGAGGUGGGUCCCGGCAUGCCAUGUUUGGUGCUGCUGGGAGUAGGAUGAGCUCAGUUGAGAUGUAUGAUAUCAAGACGGAUGAGUGGAUUGCUCUAGAUGGACUUCCACGGUUUCGAGCUGGUUGUGUUGGAUUCUUUAUCAGCCAUAAGGACAAUGCAGAAUUUUGGGUUAUGGGUGGUUAUGGAGAAUCCAGGACUGUAUCAGGCAUGUUUCCUGUGGACGAAUAUUACAGGGAUGCUGUUGUUAUGGACCUGAAGACUGGUGGUAGAUGGAUUGAAGUUGGGGAUAUGUGGGAGGAAGGGGAGAGGAGAAGGCUGGGGAAGAUUGUUGUUGUAGAGGAUGAAGAUUGGGAUUUUCCUGGCAUCUUCAUGUUAGAUGGGACUUUCAUCUACAGGUACGACAUGUCUUCCAAUCGAUGGUGGAAGGAAACGACAGUGCCAAAAAAGAUAUUGGAUGACAGGUCAGUCGGUUUUGUUGCGUUAAACGGUGAAUUGCAUGUGAUGAUGUUUAUCAACGGUGGUGAUUCUUCGUCGGAUCCACGAAAGUCAAGGCAACAAAGAAAAGCAGGAUUUGUGUUGAUGCAAGUGUACCAUCCUAGGAAGAAGACAUGGAGGUCGGUAGCUGUAAACCCACCUCUUCCUCACGGUUUUGAUUUCAAAACCGCUGUUGUAUGCACAUUCCAAGUUUAGAUUGUUUGGAAUGUUGAUAUGGUUAUAUACGUUGUUGCUAAUGUAUAGAAUGAUGUGAUUCUUAAUUGGUAUGAAUGUUUGGUUGUGUGUUAUAUGUAUGUGUAGAUAGAUGGUGUCAUUGUAUGUAUAGCUUUGUUGGGCUUGAUUCUUCACACGUUGGUAGAUAGAUAGUGGUUUGCUAUCGAAAAUAUAUAUUACUUCAAACAUUUCAAUGGGUGAGAAUGAUCUUUUUUUCAAUUUUG